ACUCGGGACGCUCGGGCCACCGCCCGGCCGUCCGAGCCACCGCCAGGCCUCGCGGAGAGGCGCCCACACGCUCCCGCCGUCCGGACCCUUGGCCAAGCCCGCAGCCACCUGCUCCGCGCCCGCGCCUAGGACACGAUGCGCUCCGCGCUGGUGCUCCUGGCGCUUUUGCUGCUUGCGCCGCUGCCGCUCUUCGGUGAUGGAAAUGACACACAAACAACAACAACCACGACAAUGCCAAGUGUCAGCUCAACCUCCCAGAAACCACACAAAGAAACCACUUCUCAGAAGCCGGAUUUAACGACAGUCACACAAAGUAAAACCCCGCCAUCUAAUGUGAAAUCCACUGAGAAAUCCAAUGUGACAUCCACUGUGACUACAGCGCUGACCGGCGUACCCACGUCUAACACAUCUGUCACAAGUGCGGUACCAACUUCAUCCCAGAAAAACACAAUUGACGCAGCCAAUAAAACCCCUCUUGUAACUACUAAAGAUCCUACAACCGCAUCAGCCACCGUCUCAACAAAUCCUAAAAACAUGAGCAGCCAGAAUCCAAUUAAUGAUUCACCCCCAUCCAGAAUCCCAACUACCCCCAGUGUGACCACAGGCAGCGUGACCACUAAGGAAGGCGAUCAGAUAAUCUCCACAUCUCCAGAUCCGAAUAUCACCCGAGGCAUCUCUCCUACUCUGUCUUCCUCUACCAACCUCGAAAGCACUCAGCAGCCUAGCAGGGGCCCUGUGACUUUGGCCCCUGGGACCUCAGAGCCCACAAGGAGCUCCACGGAGGAAUCAAACAAAAUGACUGUAACUACAAGUUCAGACAGGAUGACAAGUCCCACCUUCACAGCUCAGGUGACCACACUGAAUCCACAGGUCACCGUCAAAGGAACUCAACACACCUCCAGCGAGACACCAGCUGCUGUCAGCGAUGGAGCUCAGCAACCUACAGGCUCUUCACUGGGACCUGGGAACACAUCUCCCGUCAGGAGAGCCACCACCUCCAGCAUUCCGUUGUCGUCAAAUGCCCCCCAAAGCUCCAGCACCCAUUCUCCCACCUCAGUCAUUCUAACAAAUAUAGGGCAGAUCCAGUGCCAUCCUCAUGAAAAGCUGAAUGGGAGCAAACUCUCCCUGAACAUUUCGGGAGCCAACAGCUGUAACACAGUCGCUUCGAAUCACAAACUGGUCGAGGUGUUGUGCCAAGCAGUAAAACCCUCCUUCAACAAAAUUCAAGAUGAGUGCCAUAUAGAGAUGGCUCCUGGUUCACAUGCCCAGGAAGUGGACAUCAAACACAUUACUAUCAUCACAAAGCUCCAUCCCACGGACAUUUAUAAAUUGCUGAAAGACGACUGGGACAAGCUAGAAGACGUGGGCGUCAAAGACAUGCAGUUUGAGGGUCAAGGACCACCAGAAGAGAUGGAGGACCGGUUCAGCAUGCCCCUGAUCAUCACUAUUGUCUGCAUGGCAUCCUUCUUGCUCCUGGUGGCGGCCCUCUAUGGCUGCUGCCACCAGCGCCUCUCCCAUAGGAAGGACCAGCAACGACUAACAGAGGAGCUACAGACGGUGGAGAAUGGUUACCAUGACAAUCCGACCCUGGAAGUGAUGGAGACCUCAUCAGAGAUGCAGGAGAAGAAGGUGGCGAACCUCAAUGGGGAGCUGGGGGACAGCUGGAUCGUGCCUCUGGACAACCUGACCAAAGAUGACCCUGAAGAGGAAGACACACACCUCUAAUCGGGGCUGCCGGCAGUCUCCAACGGUGCAGAGCUCCAGCCCAACCACCUCAAGUGCCACUUGUGAGGGGAGGAGGAAGAUCCUUCGCCUUAGAGGGAAAGACUGGGGUAGGAGAGCAGACUCGGAAGGUCCCCUCCUCCCAGUCCCCACAGGCCUUAAUUUUUCCCUUUUCAAGCUGAACAAAUCACAUUCUGUGUAGAAUCCUCUUGUAGAAUAACCCACUAGUGCCUGAGAGCAGUACUGCUGGGAGAACAGGAAAGAGCCAUCCAUAGAAGGGACUUUUCAAGACCAUCUACUAGCCUCCAUUCACAGACAAGAUGACUGAGGCCUAAAGAGGGUAAAGUCAAAGUCACACAGCCACUGGGUGACACGUCGGAAUGAAAACAGAGAUCCUUCAUUCAGUCCAGUGCCCGUUCCCACCACACCACGCUGCUGCAUCACCCGUGCCCUCCCUCCAGAGCGACCCUGGGCAGGGGUGGAAGUGGCCCAUCAGUGGAUGGGCUGGAGGGCAGAGCGGGGCCAGAUCCUGCCUCCGUGGGGUCUGGCUCCUUGAAAAGACAGGUCCCGUUCCUGUCUCGUCUGCCGGUCUUGUCUUCCUGCCUGUGUUCCUGUCCUUUGUUCUCCUCCCUCCCUUCAUUCAGGUUUUUCAUCCCCUCUCUGUUCCAGGGCCUCUGGGACUAACAGAGGUCAUUCAUGACCUUCAGUCCCUUGUUCUGGAGUCUAGUUUCCUGGUGUCUGCUUAUCAGAUCGGGACUGACAGAGCACACAAGACUCCCCCUGUGAACACGUCUGCCCACCGGCCAUCUACAGAUGAAGAGAGAAAGGGAAGCCCCUCUUUCCAGGAUGUGUCCCCACCCACCCCAAGGCUCCCCAAGUGCUGCCUGGCCUCCCACUCCCACGGGGACUAAAAUCUGCAGCAGCUACUGAAGGCAAGAUGUUUCCUGUUUCCUUGUCGUUGCUCAGCCGAUGCAAUAGAGAGGAGACCCCAGCUCGGUCAUCCCCCUGAGGUUCAGCAUGAAUGAGCAGCUUUAGGACAGAGCUUCCUCAGGCCCGGUAAGCAGAGAGGUGUCUGAACAGACAAUCGACUGAAACAACAGGAAGGACAGGCUUUACUUUCCGUUUCAUAGGACACUCAGGGGCUUUGCAAGUUGCUGAGAGUUUUCUCUUUUAAUCCAGCCCUCUACUGCCAAAGGCCAAAGCUCAAAUCAUUGAGAUGUUUGAAGAUUCCAGUCUUCUGUGCACAGGGCAAGAAGAGCCUGGAGGUGAGGUGCGCUUCAAGCUGAGUAAGGAGCAGCCAGCCGGAGUGGAAUCCCAGCGACCUUUCACUGUCGGGCAUGGAGCUAGGCUGUGCUGUGCACUCUCAGUAUUCCUAGUGGGGCUGGCUGCCUGGCACUCCUGCAGGUUCUGGUGGCAUCUCAGGGAAGCACAAUGCCGACCGUUGCCCAGUGGAGGGGUUUGGAGGGAGCUUAGCAGGUAGUAGCUGCAUAGAUGGCACCGGAGGACUGAGCACAGUGAGGUUUUUCACCUGAUUUUCUGAUUUCACCUGAUUACUGCGUGGAAUUUUAAACUGCCCACAUCUCUCUGUUGCUGGGCAUAACGCCCCUAGAUCCUACUAGGAAGAUGCUUUGGAGGAUGAAAACGGUCACUUGGCCUAGGCUGCAAUAGAUCUGAUAGAAUAGGCUGUCUGCUUUGGGAUAGGUUAUUUUUUUUAAAGGAGAGGAUUUUAGGGGGACAAUCUGUGUCUUUCCUUUGCCAUCUAAUUCCCUCUUCAUAGUCUUUAGCCGUUUGAUACCAAGGAGAAGAGGAAGGCCAGAGGUUCAAGUAGGGCCCCCAGAGAGUUUCCCCCAAGCUAGAAAGAUGCUAAGGUAACAAAAAUCCUGAAGUAUUUGCCCUGAUUCUUCCCUGUUUGGAGGUUGGCAGGAUGGAGAAUACCGGUUUUGGGGGAAAUAGAGGAAAAUGCCAGAGAAGGCAAUGGCACCCCACUCCAGUACUCUUGCCUGGAAAAUCCCACAGACGGAGGAGCCUGGUAGGCUGCGGUCCAUGGGGUCGCUAAGAGUCGGACACGACUGAGCGACUUCACUUUCAUAUUUCACCUUCAUUCAUUGGAGAAGGAAAUGGCAACCCACUCCAGUGUUCUUGCCUGGAGAAUCCCAGGGAAGGGGGAGCCUGGUGGGCUGCCGUCUAUGGGAUCACACAGAGUCGGACAUGACUGAAGUGACUUAGCAGCAGCAGCAGCAGAGGAAAAUGCUGUCUCACUGGGAAAAGAUCUGUUUGCUUCUUUCCUACCCAACAUUUGGUUCUUUCUACCCAGUGGGUUUCUAUCAUGGCCACCGUGGGACAGGCCAGCCUGGAUUACUCCUUUGCUGAUUCUGGGUCUCAUUUCACCAGCCAGAUUUAGACAGAGACAGCAAAUACAUUCUGGAAACCAAUCAAAGGCCAUAACCCACAGGCCUCUUGGGGAGCGAGAAGGUGACUGGCAAGGACCAGAGAGUAAAAAUGAGACUUGGUCAAGAGGAAUGACUGUGGCUCUGUCCAGAGUCAGCCUUGACAAGCUCUGGGCGGGCUCAGAGGCUCCUUCUUUGGGUGCAUCUGAACCGUAUUGUUCUAGCCUUCUGGGCAACUUGCCCUGGCUUGCUCUUGCCACCUAUGUCAAAGACCAUAUCGCCAUGCAUCUGUAGUGGUCAUCUUCUUCCCACAUCUUUGCUGGUCUCUGAUGCUAUCUGGUUAAUUCAGAUUCUGGGGCUGAGAAGAGAGACGAAAGCUGGGAAUUCAGCAUUGACUUGAAACAAGUUGUGCCAGAGAUUAUAAUAAACUAUUUUAUUUCGGUGGCACACUCGUUCAGAAACCAUGAAUCUGAUGACUGGACGAGAUCCAGGGGGAAGCACACUCUCAUGUCAGGGGGGCAGACGCAGCAAUGCUUAUGAAGGGGGCACAGAAUAUUCUUUUGCGUCAUAGGACAAGAUACGGGUUUAGUCUCGAUGCAAGACUGUUCUUUCCCUUCUUGAUAAGGAAAGCUAGCAGAAAGUUUAUUUAAAUCACUUCUUGAGCAUUUAUCUUUUUGACAAUAUACUGGAGAAACUUUGAAAAACCAGUUCCAGCUGAUACACACAUACGUAUUUUUUGAUAAUGUAAAUACAACAGCCACAUGUUAAUCCACCCUGCACUGCUUUGAGUGACUAUACUUCGAAAAAACCUUUGUUAAGAGAGAAGGCUUUUUUCCCUCUAAACAGGAAUGUAAAUGUCUAUUUCACUAGAAAUAACAAGCUUUUGUUUUUCUUCAAUGAAAAAUGAAAUACGAGAUAGGCUGAUGAUGAAGUAUUUGUCUUGCAGACUGGGCAUUUUUAUUUUUAAAUAUGGUCCUCAUCCCCUCCCUGUAAAGUCCCAGCAUGUUACAAUAAGGGUUGUAGUCAGUAUGCAACCUGGUUGGGAAGAGGGGUUUUAGAACCCAGUCCAAUCUUUAUUUUUUUAACAGAAGAAGAGUCUGAAGCCCAGAAAGAUAAAGUGACCUGGCGAAACUCACAUAUUUAGUGACAGAAAACAGGCUUAAAACCUGGACUGGAAAACUGUCCAGUGCUGUGUGCCUCAGGAAGAAACCAACAAAUUAAGGCAAGAAACCAACAAAUUAAGGCCUGCUAAUUAAGGGCAGGCAGCAGAGUGAUACCAGGGAGAUCGGCAGCAAGGGUAGGGAGAGCAUGAAGACAAAAACAGGAACCUUACUGGUCUGUGGCUUAUUUAGGUCUAAGACUUAAAUGAACAAUUGUGUUCUGCCAAGAAUAGUUUUGAAUAGUUUCUACAUAUAGGACUAAGGAUCAAAGGGAACAAGAUGGGAAGGCAGAGGGGGCAAAAGUAAAGCAAUGGUUUUCAUCAUUGUCAUUAGCUGAUUAACUCAAGUUUGGCGAAAACCCUACCCUGAGUCACAGGAGGGGAUUACUAUGUACUCCACGUCUUUUUUAAAAAAUUAGUGAAUGUUAAAAGAGUUUGCUCAGGAGACUGGGGGAGCUGUGUCUUAGUGGACAGGAGUCUAAAGUACACUGGAAUUUACUAAGAAACCUGUUUGUAAAAAUUAUUACUUAUUGCCAUUUUCUUACAAAAAUAUAUUUUGGAAAGUUGUAUACUGUCAAUUAAACGGCUUUUGUCUAA